GCUGCCGUCCCAGAAUCCAUGUUUCUGUAAAAGAGAAAAGGCAGGGAGAGGCAGAUCUUACUCCAAAGCAAGAGUCCUUUCACUGACUCUCCUUUCUUUGUUCGUCUGCAUGCAGCUUUCCUAUGAAGUCAUCAGUAUUGCAGUGAACAUCCUCGCCAUUUCUUUGCAGCCCUCAAUAGAAAACUAUUCAGCUUUCAUAUGCCUUAAGAAAACACUGCUGCAAGAGAAAUCUCUUAACAGCUGCUGGUGAACCCUGUGCGGCAUUCAAAGGAAGGAGAUGAGGAUGGGGGAAGAAAACGUCACUUCUGUGAAAGAGUUUAUAUUGGUGGGAUUCUCCAGUGAUCGAAGGACACAGAUUCUCCUCUUUGUGGUAGUCCUCAUCAUAUACUCCCUGACCAUUGUGGGGAACCUGGUGAUCAUCAUUCUUGUGUGGGUUGAGACUUCACUUCACAUACCAAUGUACUUCUUCUUGAGCAACUUAGCAGGCCUAGAGAUCUGCUAUGUCACCACCACCUUGCCCCAAACGAUGGCAAGCCUCGUGUCCGGCAAUGGAGCCAUCUCCUUCACCCGUUGUAUGGCACAGAUGUACAUCACAUUGUCCCUUGGAUCCUGUGAAUGCCUUCUUCUAGGUGUAAUGGCCUAUGAUCGCUACCUAGCUAUCUGUCACCCUCUAAUAUAUACUAGUGUUAUGGGCUGGUGGCGACAAUUUCUGCUUGCCUCAGUCACUUGGGUUGGUGGCUUCCUCCUUGGUUCUCUAAUGGUUGGCAGUGCCACUUCUCUCUACUUCUGUGGCCCAAACCGUAUUGACCACUUCAUCUGUGAGAUGGCAAUGAUGAUUAAACUUUCAUGCACUGACACAUACAUUACAGAGGCCGCCAUCUUUUUGGCAGCUUCACUCGGGGUCAUAAUUCCUCUUUCGAUUAUCAUGACCUCCUAUGGGUUUGUUAUCUCCUCAGUAUUGAAAAUGAGGUCAACUGCUGGAUGGCGCAAGGCCUUCUCCACGUGUGGCUCCCAUCUGAUUGUGGUCACCUUGUUCUAUGGCACCGUCAUCUCUAUGUACAUGAUUCCACGGUCGGGUUCAACUUCCGAUCGUGACAAGAAAAUUGCCAUUUUCUACCUUAUGGUCACCCCUCUGCUCAACCCUAUAAUUUAUACUCUUCGGAACAAGGAUAUCCAUGAUGCAAUAGCCAAGGUGUUGCAAAGACUGGACAUUAAGGAAAAGAGUUGAUCAUUGCGCUACUAGAAUGAAUAAUAUGGAAAUGUUGCUUGAGCGUCAGGUUUUGACGCAGGAGAUACGUAUCUCCUGGGACAUGGAACUGUCUCUUUGUUAAUGACCAGGAGUUGUUUCUGGAGCAGGAGCUUCUAAGAAAGCUGUAGAACAAGUUCAUGUCAUUGAUUUAUUUAUUUUAUGCCCAAUCUUUCCUCCAAAGAAGUCAAGGCAGCAUAGAUCAGGCAUCCCCAAACUGCGGCCCUCCAGAUGUUUUGGCCUACAGCUCCCAUGAUCCCUAGCUAACAAGACCAGUGGUCGGGGAAGAUGGGAAUUGUAGUCCAAAACAUCUGGAGGGCCGAAGUUUGGGGAUGCCUAGCAUAGAUGGUUCUUUCAUUCCUAUUCAGAACAACUCAGUGUCCUCUGCAGAGCACCAUAUUGUCUUCCCAUGCCCUAAAGGACCAACCCAAGAAAACUCUAGACAGCAGGGAACUCUUAGGCCAGGAAAAAUCAAGGGGAACCGAACAGCUUCUGUCGUCAGUGCCAGCUCCUCGACUUGCUAGUCCUUUCACGGGUCAUGGUUCACAGCCAAAUCUUUAUAACUUCUCCCUUUUCUGGAGCCAACACUGCUGCUGAGGAGAUCUGAGCACCAAAGCCUCCUGGAAGGGAGACAGGCAUGCUGGGAAUUCCCACCAACUCCUCCUUCUGACUUCAGUAUUUUUCUUCCCCCCCUCCUACGAAAGCAAUUUUCUCUUUAUUGGAACAGCAAAGCCAAGGUACAGUAGCCAAGAUAGAGGGCUGUUUUCAGAUUUCAUUUGCAAUGCUAUACCCGCUCAGGGCUUAUCCACACUUCUGCAUGCCCCGGGCCUACAAAGCACAGGGUUGGAGAGGUAUUAAGGCUUGUUUUAAUAUCUUGUUUGCAGUACUGCAUUGCUGAUGGAACCAACCUCUCUUGGUUCCUGAUGGAGCUAUUCUGGGAGCUGGGCCUUGGACCCAGUGGAUUGUGUACAUUCUCUGGAACUUUGGAAAUUGACUUCCCAGUAUGUGCCAUCACUUCUGCUGUAGUGGGUUUAGGGCACUAGGCAAUCUUACCAGCAGCACCUGCAGAAAUUCAAGGAUUUUAGGGCCAAGCUACAUCUUCCCUUCACAGUGGUGGUUAACAAUUGAAUUUAGGUGUGUAUCUCAAGGGAGAGAUGAGGUGUAGAUAUUGCUCCCUUUUGGUACCAACUCAGUCUUCUCGUAAAAAAACAACAACCUCACGCUUGUAUUCCCAGGUAAUUAAAUAUAUUUGCUUCAACUCUACAAUUGAAUACACUUGAUUAUAUUGCGUUAUUUUUGUAUUCCCUUGUCAGGUGAUAUAUUCUAUAUGUGACUGAUUAACCUUAUUUUUUCUCUUCUGUAACC